CUAAUGUUUCAAUGUAAUGUUCCAGAUGUUGCUGGCACCUUCCAACUUGCACUCGUUCAACCAUACACUGCUGGCAUUCCCGUCGGUGGCGCUCGCAGAAUCAACAAAGAUUUAAGGCUCAAUCGAGUCAAAGCUGUUCCUCGAGGAGAUUCGAUAUUCGUACCUUUGAAGUCCUUUAUCUGA